AUUUAUUCUUUAACUAUUUUCUCGACUUUAUUUUCUUCUUUAUCUUUUGUUGUGGAAAACAAUGUACCUGGUUAUGGAUUGGGUAUAGAUUUACUAUUUUAUUAGAAUGACUACCCAUUAAGGUAAUUUAUUGCUAUGAUCUUCUAUCUUUGGUUCAAAAAAAGUGAUAGCGAGACUAUGAUAGAAUUGGUUUGUGGCUGGUGAAUAACAUUGUAUUCUUUUUUGUUGCUAGAAUAUCCAAUAACUAAACAUUUAGGUGAUUUUAGGUCAAGUUUUGAUCGAUUAUGAUCAUAGAUUUGAACAAAAGUAGUGCAACCAAAGAUUUUUAGCAGUAGUUCUGAGGAAAAAAGUGAAAGAUGAGGGAAAGUUUGAAGUAGAAGAGAACGAUGAGUUUUGAAAUAUAAGAAACGAAAUGUGUUGCAGAGACUACUUUUCAUGUACUGUGUAUUAUGCUUUCUUUCUUUCUUUCAAGUUUUAAUGUCACAAUUUGGUUUACCACAAAGUUUAACUAGGACAACCUUAUAAUAUAUAUAUGUGUGUGUACAGAGUACAAUUGGUAAUAAUUUUGUGUAGAUAAUUCAUUGAUCAUAAAAUACAUGAGAGUGUGACAAAUAAGUUUGUUCUUCUUCAUUGAAAUAUUUCACUAAGAUGAUGAUUUUUCAGUUGUUUGUAAGAUAGAAAUGGUUGUGAAAAUCCUUCACUAUAUAUAAUAUCACUCAUAUUUCAGCCAACAAAAUUCUUAAUAAAUAGGAAAAAAGGAAAUGAAAAAAAAAAUCUUAUUUAUGAGUUAUUUUGUGAUGGAAAAGUUAAAUAAAAAAGAUAUUAGCAAGAAGCUUAAAUAGAAAUGGGUUAGUAAAUUAUAUUGGAAAUAUGAAUUGUCUUUUGGAAUCUUUUACUCUGCUAUUGAGAAGACAAGUAUUUGAAAUUUGAAUUGUCAAUAGGUUCGUAAUCUUUUAGUCCUUUUGAAUUGGGAAGUCCUGCAGUUGUUUGGGGUAUUGAAAAAUGUCAGCCACUGAAGAGUAAUUUGAUGUAUAUUUAAUUUGAUGUAUGAAGAAACAAGUUUAGUACUAUUGUUUUAAUUAUAUGCUGAUUAAAAGCUUAGUUUGAUAAUUCAUGGCAGAGAUGGUGAGAUUUUGUGGUUUGCCGAGUGAAGUUGUGGAAAAAAUUCAUGUUGUGGGUACUUGCAAUAGAGCUUGUUCACGGUACUAUUAAUGACACAGCAAAGUGGACCUCCUGGCCUUCCUAAUCACAUUCAGAACUAAUUUUUAAACUCCCUUGUUUUCUUGUUAAAUUACUACCUUUACCUUUGAAAUUGUUUAUUAUAUAUUGUUGUAACAUCAAUAUGACUACUAUAUAGCAAUAAGUUGCAAAUACUGAGACAAAGGUAUUACUAUGCAAUGUGGAGUGCUGAUGGGACACUAUAUAUGAUGUUAAUAAACAUAGAUGGAUGCUACUUGAUCGAUAGAAAUUUCAAUUUUAGAAGGGUUAAGAUGAGAUUCCCAUUUCCUUGCAAACACACAAACCAUGACCAUGAGAAUAGGAAAGUUAGUGAAAGUUAGCAGGAGGCACAAAGCUCAUGACGAAAUUGUGACUCUAUACAAGGUAUAUAUUAAUUUGAAUUGAAAGCUUGCUUUCUUUGUUUUUUAUUCAUUUUCUUUAGUACGUUGUUAUUUCUUGGGUUAAAUUGUUCUUCUAUUAUUUUUUUUCCUUUCGUAUUUGGUGGAUCGCAUGAAAAGUUUGCCAUAAACUUUUAUAAAUAAUUCUCAUUGAUGAAAAUAAUUUUGACUAAUUUUAUCAAGAAUUAGUUAUAGAAUCAGUUAGAUUCUAUUGUCGGUUAUGUUAGUUAGACUGUGUCAGUAAUGUUAGUUGGUUUUGUUAUCUCUCUGUAUUCAUUCUCUGCCUAUAUAAGGCUCUCUAUUGUAUUUUUCCAUUCAACACAGAAUGAUAAAAAUACUUCUUCUCCAGUUUCUCUGUUCUAAUAUGGUAUCAGAAGAAAUUGCCUAAAUCUUCAAGCUUUUUCACCCUUUCAUCCAUGGUGAGGACACGAGCAACUAUCUUGGCUACUUCCACCGAUCCCGUGGUCGAUGCCCCUGCUCCGAUCGAUCCCCAACCAUCUUCAAACUUCCGCUGAUAACAAUAACAAUCGAGCUCAGUCACCAGCUCCUCCACCUGUUCAACAAACUCAACCCGAUCGUCCUGCCUACGAGGACAUCAGAAGUCCCUAUUAUCUGAGUAAUGCAGACCAUCCGGGGCUCGUUCUUGCUACUCGAAUUCUUACAGAUCGAAACUUCCAACCAUGGCGCAGAGACUUCAAGAUCUCCAUUGGAGCCCGCAAUAAAACUCCAUUUCUUGAAGGUAUACUCCCUCAACCCCCUCCUAAUGAUUCUCUCUUUGGUUCUUGUAUCCGAUGUAACCAAAUGGUUAUGUCUUGGAUCUUACAUUCGAUCUCACCUGAGAUCAAAAGCAGCAUCAUGUACCUUGACACUGCUGCCGAGAUGUGGACAGUAUUACACAAUCGAUUUAAUCAAGGAAAUGGGCCAAGAAUCUUUGAGCUCAAUGAAACCCUUACUUAUCUUCAUCAAGGGGAAGAUUCUCUUAGCUCUUACUUCACUAAACUCACGACCAUUUGGGAUGAAAUUCAUCAAUUGAGGCCAAAACUUCCCUGCACUUGUGCUGCAGCAACUCAGUCCCAAGAUCAUACUAAUCAUGAUCAAGUCCUUCAAUUUCUUAAAGGACUUAAUGAAACUUACCAUGCUGUUCGUGACCAGCUAUUACUCCUUGACCCUUGUCCCCCUCUCAACAAAGUUUUUUCAAUGACUGUCAAUCAAGAACGCCAAAGAACCAUUGGCCAUCGAACCAUCCCCACCUUUGCUGCCACUGCUACUUCCACACCAGCAGCCAAUAAGACAGAUCCUGCCCCUGCUGCUAAUCAGACUUCAAGAAACAAAAAGCCCUGUCCAAUGUGUACCCACUGUCAAAAAUCUGGGCAUUAUAAGGACAAAUGCUAUUUUUUUGCAUGGUUUUCCUCCAGGAUAUGGCACUCGAAAGCCAACUGAUCCAUCAACUGUUGGGUUUUAUGCCCUAAAUAAAACUCAUUUCAAUAUAAUCAGAUUUACUUAUUAAUAUAGAUCAGAAAUAACAUUUAAUGUUGCAUGGUUCACAUGAUUUAUUUCAUGAUUAUAUGUACAUAAUGUAUAAAUUCAUCUGAAACCCUUUUCACAUACUUGAUCCUGUUUAUUGUGUUGUCAACACAUUGGAAAGUAAACAUGACUAUGUGAAUAAAGAUUCCUAGAUUUAUCAGACAUAGGGUUUUACUGAUAUGAUAAUCUACAACAGAGUUUACUUGAAUUUGGAGAAAUGCUAUGUUCUUUCCAGAGCAUUGGUUAAAGUAAAGCUCAGGUUGGAUGCAUGGAGUAUACAUCGGAAGGGACCGAUAUUGAACUUUGACUUAGAUUUAUUAAACUUACCAUAAUAUCUAUUCAAGUCAAUAUCGCCUAGUUGAUCCUAGAUCAAAUGAUCUUAAUCCUGUUAUGAUUAGGCUCAAUCUCAGGAGGCUAUUCGUGUUCUUUGAUUUGUUAGUUAAGCCUACUUUUAGGUCAGGGUGAUACGUACAUUUUGGGAACACGGUAGUGCAAUUGAGUGAGAGCGCUAACAUAAACAUGGAAUCUAUAGCUUCUAUCUGGCGAAUAGUAAGUAAAGGAUGAUCUCCUUCGAGCUUGACCAAACGAAAAUAAAUGGUGGAGAUCUCAUUUCACAUAAGCUGAAAUAUCAUUUAUACGGGGUUAAGUGUUUUAAGGAUUAAAUACAUUGUAGGGUGUAACGGUAAUCUAAUCCCUUUACAGUGUA